AUGGCUUCUUCACCUGAUGAUUGUUCAACGCUUGAAAUUAUACGCCAACAUCUUCUUGACGAUUUUGCUUUCAUGGAAACUUAUUGCCCCCCUUCCAGUUUUCCAGAAUCCCAGAUUUCUCGAACUUCAAGCAGUUCGAGUUCAUUAAUUUCUGAACUUACAACUAGUUCUUCUGUCUUUGAUCCAAAUUUCAGCUUUGAAAACAAGAAUAAUACAAGCACAAAUCUUGAAUAUUCUGGGUUUUUCAGCUCGAAAACUGAUUACGAUUACUCGGAAUUUGAAACAAAGCCUGUAAAACAAACAAACUUCAGUGAAAGGAAGCCUUCCUUGAAUAUUUGUGUUCCUCAAUUGAAGAAAAUGGAGUGGGAAAAUACAGUUCAGGUGGUGGAGCAGAAAGUUCAAGAUUCCGGCGAGAGGAAGCAUUACAGGGGAGUCAGGCAGCGGCCGUGGGGGAAGUUCGCAGCAGAGAUACGCGAUCCCAACCGGAAAGGUACUCGGAUUUGGCUCGGGACUUUCGAAACGGCCGUGGAGGCGGCGAAAGCUUACGACAGGGCGGCAUUUAAGCUGAGAGGAAGCAAAGCAAUAGUGAAUUUCCCACUUGAAAUUACCAACUCCACUCCUCGGACGCUGGAGGCUGGCCGGAAAAGGGAGAGAGAAGAGGAUAGAGUAGAGAGAGAAAUAAAGGUUGUGAAGAGAGAGGAGGUUGAGGAAGCUAAGAUUGAGAGCGGAAGAGCCAACACUGCUGUACCACUAACGCCGUCAAAUUGGAUGGACUCUGGCGAUAUGAAGGGUAUAUUUGAGGUGCCUCCGUUAUCGCCGUUAUCUCCACAUCCAUGUUUGGGUUAUCCAAGGCUUACAGUUAAUUAA